UGGGUGCUUGAUGCGAUCAGUGACGCGCGAGCUGCCUAACUGAACGAAUCAUGAGUUUCGAUCUAGAUCUCAGCCAGCUAUUCCUUAAGCGCGGACAUUUCCGCCUACUGCUGGACCUAGCGCUGCUUGGCUUGCUGCUCCUGCUGAGCACGUAUUUCAAAGAGCUCUGGCCGCCAACGACACAACGAGGUUUCUUCUGCGAUGACGAGUCACUAAUGUAUCCCUACCGGGAGAGUACGGUGUCCUCCUCCAUGCUUCAUUGCAUUGGUAUCUAUUUGCCGAUGAUGGCUCUGCUGAUCCUGGAGACCAGUCGAGCUUGGCAGGGGAGUCGCCAGUAUUGGCGUGUGUACAACACCUUGCGCUGGUUCAUUUUGGGCUAUGCCGCGGAGUCACUGCUCAAGGACAUGGGCAAGAAUGUGAUCGGAAGACUGCGUCCGCAUUUCUUUGAGGUCUGUCGGCCGCAGCUGCCCGAUAACGGCUACUGCACAGACGAAGUGCAUCGGAGCGGCGGGGUCUACCACACAGUCUACAGAUGCAACACGGAUCUAUCGGGGGCCACCGAGGAGAUGCUCGCCGACACCCACGUCUCCUUUCCCAGUGGCCACUCCAGCAUGGCAUUCUACGGAAUGGUCUUCAUGGCUCUCCACUUGGAGCGCAUCCGCUGGCCGCUGCCUGGCAGCUUGCUGCGUCCAGUGUGCCAGCUGUUCUGCGUCUUCCUGGCCUCAUUUGUCGGCCUUAGUCGAGUCAUGGAUUACAAACACCACUGGUCGGAUGUUCUGGCCGGCUCGCUGCUGGGCGCCGCCAUUGCCUUUGCGGUUGUCCGGGCGGCAGGGCUGGAGGAGCGCCUGCGUCUAGCAAGCGACAGAGGGCAAAAUGCAAAUACGUUGCCAGCCAAGCCAGCUGCUCCUACUGCUGUUGCCAUGACUGCCUCUGCUGGAGCCCCUGACGAAGUGGACCCCGGAGCGAAACAGCUGCCGCAUGAUUUGUGCCAAGUUACGUGCCACAGCUCUAAUUAGUUUUAGUUGCGUUUUAGCCCUAGCUUGUUAAGAUAACUGACAGUAAAGAUGGUCAAUUAAAAGUGCAA